CCCUUGUGCAAGUCACGGCCAUGGCGGGGCGACGUUGGAUGGUCCUGCAAGAUCAUUCUUUGCUUGACGAAUCAGUGGACGGAAGAGACUGGUGAGCCGAACGAGGACAAAGGCUUGGUGGACUUGCUUGCUUUCCGACUCAGCGUGUCUACGUUCCUAUCCGAUCCAUUGUGGAUUCUACCUCUGAUUAGAAUGUGCAAAUAAAUGUUUCGUGAAGUCGAUUGGAUAGAGUAGGGAGGAAGAUUGGAAUGAACAACGGGAAGCCGCCCUGGCAAAAGUCCGAACUCGCACGCGAAGUGUUCGAUGUAUUGCUUCUGCCUCCCCCCUGCUUUUCAAUACCUAACAAAUCCAUGGGCGCAUCUUUGAUGUUGCCGUCCCUCCUCUCCCAUUGCUAUGUGUGCGCUACAGAGUGCAGCAGGACUACCAAAUCCUCUUUGGAUGCAGCGACAGCUACCAAGAGGGGGCCUGCUGCAUAAUGGAUGGAUUCGAUGCUCAGCCAUGACAACAACCUCCUUGGAAGACUCGCGUCAGUAUCGAUUUCACCAUCCUGAUUGCACAUCAGGAGGAAGUCACUCUGAAGGGAAAGAAGGAGAAAAGAAUGGGCUGAUGGUUUAUUGGAGAAAGCUAAGAGAAAGGAACAACACAAGAAACAAGAACAAUAAAUGGAAAUCCAAGCAGCAACAAGCACACAGGAGUCCCUGCUAUAUCCCCCCAUGUACAAACAAGCAAGCGAUUGCCAGGCAACAUCAUCCCAUUUAUAUCAUCCCCACAUGCCUACAGGCUGCUCAUCAUUAGCAAACUCACCUGGAAAAUCUCAACACAUGAUGCGGCCCUGCAGGUGAGGAGAAGUGGAUCGAUCCAUUCGAGAAGAGAGAUUGAUGGUCGGCAGCUGCUCCUGCCUUGAGAAGAAUUCCAACUCACCAUCCUCCUCUCCCUCUUCUUUGUGUGCUUGAGAGAGAGCAGAAGCAAGCCAUCCUUUUGACUGUUCCUUUGCGCUUUUUUCUGCGUUAAGGGAAGAGGAAGAGCAGGGAAAAAGAGUUACCACUUAUUGCUUUGUGCUCAUCAAUGGAUUGACGCAGAAGCGAGCGGGAGCGGAAGGAGAUGGACUUCUCUCAGGCCGUCCUCGAUCCGUCCGCCAAUGGAGCGGCGCCGAAUCCCAGGAAGAGAGAUAGGGAGAUCGGAGUCCCGGUGGCGAUGGCAUUACCGCAGCAGAACCGAUCUAUCGACCUCUUAUCGUUGCAACCACAGCCUCCGCUUCCGCCCCCGGCGUUGGUCCGCUUCCCCCAGCUUCAAAGCCAUCCUCCUGCCGUCGUCUCCACGGGCCUUCGCCUCUCCCCCGAGGAAGGACUCCUUUCCACUUUUUCUACCUCUUUUCUCUCUUCCAUUUUCUCUGAGGAGCUCGCCGCCCAUCUCAACCAACAGAAGGGAGAAAUCGAGCAGUUCCUUUGCGCCCAGCGAGAUCAGCUGCGGCGGGCGUUGGCGCAGAAGCGGCGAAGGCACUACCGUUCUUUAAUAGGUGCGGCGGCGGAGUCGGCCGCACAGAGGCUACGUGAGAAGGCGGCGGCGGUGGGGCGGUUGACGCGGCGGAUCAUCGAGCUCGAGGACCACCUUGCCCGCCUCCGAACCGAGUCCAUGGCGUGGCAAGCCAAGGCCAUGGCCGACCAGGCGACGGCAGCUUCUCUCGAGGCCCAGCUCCAACAGGCGGCCGCGGCUGCAGCGUCCCGGGCGCAGGGUGGCCCGUGCGGCGAGUCGAUACCGGCCGAGGACGCGGAGUCGGUCUACGUGGACCCGGACCGAGUCGAGAUGAAGCGGGCGUGCCGCGCGUGUCGAGGGCGACUGGCUUCGGUGGUACUCCUCCCCUGCCGCCACCUCUGCCUCUGCGACGCCUGCGACGGCGGGGAAAGCCCGGCCGAGUCGUGCCCGGUUUGCGGCUGUGUCACAACUGGGAGAAUCCGAGUCUUGCUCGGUUGAGGCGACGAAUCCCAGCCGUCCAAAAUCCCCAUGAACAAAAGAAAAUAAAAAAUAGAAAACGUAAAACAUUAAAGAAAAAGAGAGAAGAAAAAGGAAAAGAAAAGAUGAGGAGAAGUGUCGGGAUUUUCUAACUCAUCUUUUUCCUUUUCCUUUCAUCUCCCUUCAAUAUUUUUGGCUUCUUUUUCUCAUUUCUUUCUUCCUACUCUUACGUGGAGAGGUGACAACGGUGAUAGAUAAGAUAAGAAGAAAGAAUAAGAGAGGAUCGAAUUUACUUUUUUGGUUAGACAAAAAUCAUGUAAUAAAUUUAAAAAUUAAGGAUAUAUUUACAAAAAGACUGUAUAUACAUACCUAUGUGAAUUCUCAA